CAAAACGAACGACAAACAAGGAAUACUACAAUCCAAAACAACGAAAUGGCUCAGGUUCAACAAGUGACACAAACCCAACAAGUUGAACAGAUCAACCUUCAGUACGAGUGCCAUCAUCGACAUGGACCCCUCUUCCUCCUGCAGCCCUGGGCCUGGGGUGGCCCAUGCCGUCGCUGUGAGCGCAUGCAACGCAAUGUGGUCGUGGUGCCCGCUAAUGGAGCUAAUGGUGUUGUAACUGUUAAUUCUCGGGUAGCACAACCCGUUGUGAUGACAAACACCACCACCACCACCAGAUCGGUGCCAGCGCAACAAGUUGUAUACGGCCAGCCGCCCAACUACACCGAAACGGUGAUCGUCAACUAAUCAAAAAACCGAGCUCUUCAUUUGGAUGCGGAUUUAUAUUUCUAUAUAGCAAUGCAUUAAAAUAAAAUUUUCAUAUGCCUAAGAAAUAAAGCUGACAUUUCUUUCAAAUGAAA